GCGACUGGGGGGGGGGAGGGAAGUCAGACUGUUACAGACUGUCAUUCGAGUAGAAGCGUCUCAGGGAGUAGAGUAUCAACAUCGAGGACAACCGACGGAAGAGGAACAUUUGGGGUAUGAGAACCGCCAGAAUCUGGUCCCAUCCUGCGCUGCCCAAGGCCCAGUCUGACUGACAACCAUCGGAUCAGUACCGACCCCGACCCACCUCUCGGAAAAACACAAUAUCGGGCACACGGGUGACCAUGGAGCUGAGAGUGGGGAAUAAGUACCGGCUGGGAAGGAAGAUUGGGAGUGGCUCAUUUGGGGACAUCUACUUGGGUGCCAACAUAGCGACUGGCGAGGAAGUGGCCAUCAAGCUGGAAUGUGUGAAGACCAAACACCCACAGCUGCACAUCGAGAGCAAGUUCUACAAGAUGAUGCAGGGAGGAGUGGGAAUCCCCUCCAUAAAGUGGUGCGGGGCGGAGGGCGACUACAACGUGAUGGUGAUGGAGCUGCUGGGUCCCAGCCUGGAGGACCUCUUCAACUUCUGCUCCCGCAAGUUCAGCCUUAAGACUGUGCUUCUGCUGGCUGAUCAGAUGAUCAGCCGCAUAGAAUACAUCCACUCCAAGAACUUCAUCCACCGGGACGUCAAACCCGACAACUUCCUCAUGGGCCUGGGCAAGAAAGGAAACCUGGUUUACAUCAUCGACUUCGGGCUGGCCAAGAAGUACCGCGACGCCCGCACCCACCAGCACAUCCCUUACAGGGAGAACAAGAACCUGACGGGCACCGCCCGCUACGCCUCCAUCAACACCCACCUGGGCAUAGAGCAGUCCAGGCGGGACGACCUGGAGUCUCUGGGCUACGUGCUCAUGUACUUCAACCUGGGCUCCCUGCCGUGGCAGGGCCUCAAAGCAGCCACCAAGAGGCAGAAGUACGAGAGGAUCAGCGAGAAGAAGAUGUCCACUCCCAUCGAGGUGCUCUGCAAGGGCUACCCCUCGGAGUUCUCCACCUACCUGAAUUUCUGCCGCUCCCUGCGUUUCGACGACAAGCCAGACUACUCGUACCUGCGCCAGCUCUUCAGGAAUCUGUUCCACAGACAGGGCUUCUCCUACGACUAUGUCUUCGACUGGAACAUGCUUAAAUUUGGCGCGAGCCGGACGGCGGAGGACGGGGAAAGAGAGCGCCGGGCCGGGGAGGAGAGGGAUGAGAGGAUUGUGGGAGGUCCCCGGGGAUUGGCAGCUCGGGCGCUGCCCCCAGGUCCCAACCCGCCGGCCGCCAACAGGGUGCGGAACGGCCCGGAAGCGGCCGUCUCCAACCCCGCUUCCCGGGUACCACAGUCCGGCAACGCGUCCCCCCGGGCCGUCUCCCGCGCAGAGAGGGAGAGGAAGGUGAGCAUGCGGCUGCACCGCGGGGCCCCCGCCAACGUGUCCUCCUCCGACCUCACCGCCCGCCAUGACCAAUCCCGCAUCUCCACCUCACAGGUGAGCAUGCCAUUUGAGCACCUGGGGAAAUGAUCCCUGCAGCUCUUCUCUCACCUGCUGGACACUUGACAGGGCUUCAAAUGAUACCCCAUCCCCCCUUUUUUAAUUGCCAAUGAGACAAACCGAGAGAAAGAGACAGAGAGAGAGAAGAUGGAGAGAUGAAGAAAAAGCAGGUCAAACAGAGGAAGAAUGGAUGACGGUUAGCUGAGGACAAACAUGACAGGCCCCCCGCCUCAAAAAUUUGAAAGCCACAAGGAGCCCCUUCAGAUCAUUCCACUACCAUGGUAACCCUGACACACUGCCACCCACACCCUCCGUACCCUGCCCCUGGAUAGCGAAGAAGGCUUGGGUGUUCUUUAUUUUUGGAGGUGGUGAAUGUGGGGGUACAGUUAAGCUAAGUAGGUUGCAGUAUUGCUUAAAUGGAACGUCGUCAUCGGCAUAUGCAUAUUCAAGUGGACGUGUAAAGUUGGAUUUAAUCGGAACUUCAUUUUGCUUGGUUUUGUUGUGUACACAGUGGGAGCUGUGGUGUAACCAUGGAUGUGAAGUUAAGGGAAAAAAUUUGUCCACAAAUACAGAUACGCACUUGCAGGUUACAGACUUCUUAUUUUCACCUACGGUUUUAAACGACCACAGCUCAGUUGCUGUGUAUAAAAUCAUACAAAUACCAGCUUUGCAAAAUCCUUGUUGGACGGUUCUUGUUUUGGGGUGGGGCUUAUAAAAACGACAUUGUCCUUUUAAGAUUUCGUUUUAUAUUUGCAAAAACAAAAAAAAGAAAAAACUGGAGAGACUGUAUGUGAGACCGAUGGACAGAUAUGGAAGGUGUGUUACAGAAAGGAGAAGGAAUAAGUGAAUUUGAGCCAUUCUUGUUUUUUCUUCAUUGGCUGUUAGGGGACUAGCCGCAAUACCACCGGGGGUUUGGCUCCACUGCUGAUGUCUUACUGAAGAAUCUUAUGUGUGUUUCUGUGCGCUAGGUCUUAGCGGCCUUGUGCAGCUGGGAGAUGGUGACCACAUGCUGAAGUCACAACUGAGAAAGA